GCCGCUCAACGAACGCAGGCGCUGCGGAGCUGCCCGGGGGGCCGACCGAGGGCGGAGCGGAGCGGCCGGGGCUCCUCCUCCCUCCGCGCCCGCUUCCCCCGCCAUGCCGCUGGAUCACCGCCGCCUGCACGGCCCGGAGGACUCGCGGCCGCCGGAGCUUUGGGCGGCGCAGCCUCGCGACGGAGGAGGAGAGGAGGACGAGGAGAGCGGAGCGGCGCCGCGGGAUCCCUGCGCGCUUCGGCCGCUGUUCGCCCGCGCGGGGCUGCUGAGCCAGGCGGAAGGCUCCGCGUACGUGGAGCUGAGCGGCGGCACGAAGGUGCUGUGCGCCGCCUGGGGACCGCGGGAGGCGGCCGAGCCGGGGGGGGCGGUGGGAGCGGGGCGGCUGCUGUGCGAUUUCCGCCGGGCUCCUUUCUGCGCCCGCGGGGCCCGGCCCAGACCCGGGGGGGCGGCGGAGCGGGAGGCGGAGCGGGAAGCGGCGGCGGCGCUGCGGGAGGCGUUGGAGCCGGCGGUGCGGCUCUCCCGGUACCCGCGGGCGAGGCUGGUCGUCAGCGCCUUGCUGCUGCAGGACGGCGGCUCGGCCCUGGCCGCCGCCGUCAGCGCCGCGUCCCUCGCGUUGGCCGACGCGGGGGUGGAGAUGUACGAUUUGGCCGUGGGCUGCGCGCUGUGCCGCCCGCCGCCCGGCGACCGCGACGGUUCCGCGGCGGGGCCGUGGCUGCUGCAGCCCGGGGAGGCCGAGGAGCGCGGUUCCGCCGCCCGCCUGACGGUGGCGCUGUUGCCCGCCCUCAACCAGGUGUCGGCGGUGCUGGGCGGCGGCCGCGGGGGGGAGCCCGAGGGUUGGGCGGCGGCGCUGCGGCUGGGCGUGGAGGGCUGCCAGCGCCUUUACCCCGUGCUGCGGCACUGCCUGCUGCGCGCCGCGCGGCGCCGGGACGGGGCGUGAGGUGCGGGGCCUCGGGGAGCUCCGGAAUACGACCGGGGGGGAAGUGGUGGUGCCGGAGUCCCCCGGGAGCCGCCCUUGGUGCCGCCGGAGACCCCAUGAACGGCGCACGGUGACGCUGAGCCCGGUGGGUUUGUUUGAGCCGCUCCUCGCGCUGCCAAAGAUGCCCCAGGAGUGCCAGCAGGGACCCCCGGAGCUGCUCUUGAUGUCGACGACGACCUCGAGCCACCCCUGAUGCAACCAGAGCCCCCCAGAGCCGCUGCUGGUGCCAUCGCCGACCCCCUGGAGCCACCCUCGGUGCCAUCGGUGACCUCUGGAGCUGCUCUUGGUGUUGCCAGAGACCCCCAAGGCCUUACCUGAGCCACCCCUCGCACCAUUGGAGCCCCCCAGGACUGCCAUUGAGACCCACCAAGCUGCCCCCGGUGCCAUCUGAGAGGCUUACCUGAGACCGACAGAGACCCCCCUGGACUGCUUUCAAUGCCACCACAGACCCCCAGAGCUGCCCCUGCUGCCAGCAGAGACCCUUGGGGCCUCCUCAAACCACCCUCAGUACCAGCAGAGACCCCAGACCCAACCUGGUGCUGCCAGAGACACCAUGACAUCCUCCCCCCACCACAUCCCAGCACCUCGUGCCUCGUUGACUGCUGCCUAUGGCACCCCAGGGCAGGAGGACAGGUUGUGUUGUGUUGUUUUGGGUUUGUACAAUAAAAUUGUUCUGUUUUGUUUUUUUC